GCAUCUUGUCAGUAUUUCCAUAAUCUUUGCUGUAGUGAACCAAAUGUUGGCAAAGCCAUCAACAGAAGAAGACCAAAAAGUUGCAUGCUGGGAAGAUGGCCGACACCAGUGCGGCUAGUGAAGAAUGAGAGGACGGGGAACCGAAUACAGUUCUUGCGGCAAAUGCCAUCAAUCGUUUUAAAACUAUUUCCGGUAUAGGUUCGUCCGAGCUACCAGGGCAAAGAAUACUUCUGUCAGUGUGAACAAGUCAAACGCAUUGUCAAUAACACCAACCCAUGUCCGCUCCUGCUGCUGGAUAGAGAGGACAGAGCGAGUCGAAUUGAAACCUAGCCUACUAACGUUAGCUAGGUCAGACAGUUUGCAAAAAAAUUGUGUCAUUGCAUGGACGUCCAUGACAUAUGAACUAUUACAAUGUAUUAUUCCACGAUUAACUAGCUAAUUACAUUUGUUAAAUGGUCAACCGAUAUAGUGAACGUUUUAUUGACGGGCUGGCUGUCACUCCUAUGUUUCGCUAACUUCUUGGGAGUGUCACCGUCAGAUGACAGACUGUCAUUGCUCCCCGUUGGCUACUCACGGCACCACCCAUCUGGAUAUUCCUCUUGCGUUGACAAACAUGUGUAGUCUGCAGUGCCUCAGGGGUGUACUAGCCUGUGUAGUAUGCUGUGGCUGUCCUCCAGCCCAGGCCUCCUGAGCUGCGAAAGCAUAAUCCCUUCGCCCCUCUGCCAGCGACACGCCUGCCGCCUUAGCGUCCUCGCACUCGCCCUCGCCGGCAUGUACACUACCCGGCUGUACAGCGCAGUUGGUGGUGGUGGUGGAGGAAAGCCUGGACGCCGGCCGGGCCUGGGGGGUGGAGGACUGCCCAUGCUGGAGAACCACCCCCACCACCACCCUCUCCCACCACACCAACAUCCCCACCACGUGCCCCCUCCACCUCCCAGCUACCCGCCUGUCUACCAGGGGCGCCCUGACCCUCACCGGGGGCCCCACUUCCACAGUCACCACCACCACCAGCAGCACUACCAUCCCCAUCCCCACCCGCACCUGGCCCCUCCUCCGCCUCCACCCCUCCCCCCGCACCCUCACUACCAGACGCACGCCCACCUGCACCACCGCGGCACUGUUGGCGCCGCCGGCAACAACAACAACAAGAAGACGUGGAACUUCAUCCAUGAGAAGAUGAGCUACGACACCUUCUUCACCAUGAAGAGGCUGAUCGAACGCUCGCGGAGAGCGGACGAGGUGCUGCGCUGGGUGACACAGAACCCAGGCAAGAUUUCACACAACCAUUACCCCAUCGCCCUGCAGAAGAUCGGCCAGCUACUACAGGCCGGGGCUGGGGUUGGAGGAGGAGGGGGCGGCGGCAGAGGUGGCUCGGAGGCAGCCCUGGUUCCCUCUCCCGGGGUCGGUGGAGGAGAAAGAGUGGCGAAUGAAGGUCGACAGAUCCUGGAGCACCAGGACUUCCAGACGCUGUGCGACUCCAUUGUGAGGGACUGUGCCAAGUUUGACAACUUCAGCAUCGUCAACUGCCUGUACGCUGUGGCAGCAUUAGGCCUUCCCAGCGACUCGCGGGUGGUGCAGGUGCUGGAGGCUGAGUCCCAAUCACGACUGGGCCAGUUUAACCAGAAGGACGUGUCCAUGGUGUUCAGCUCCAGCAUGAAGCUGCACCCCAGCAGCCAGCACCCGCUCACCGAGGCCUGCCUGGCGGGCUUGGAGAAGAACCUGGAGCGGGAGCGUCACCCGCAGACCCUCUUCCUGCUGCUCUCCUACUACCGCCUCAAGUGGCGCUUGUUGCAAUCCAGCGACGAUGCGACGGCCGAGAUCGUGGCCAAUGUACCACCCAACCCGGAACAGCUCCUGGCCAACAGGAAGAUCCUCCGACUGGUCAAGCACACACUGGCUAGCGUAAGUGGCGUGCGCGACCAGGAGAUGGCGCUGCUGGACGAGAUGCUGGCUACAUGCGUACGUGAGGCUAGUAACAAGAGCCUGGAGAUUAUCUUCAGCUCCCACCUAUUCUACCAGAACAGACAGGAGAGGUUUGUGUGCAGCCUGGCUGAGGAGCUGCCUAAAAAAGUGGACAGCAUAACCCCAUACACCAUGGCCCUCAUUGCCAAAUACAUCGCCCGCCACCGGCUCAGAGAGACUCGACUCCUCGACACCAUCGCUGAUUUCCUGGUCAAGAAGGGAGAAUACCUGGAUAGCAAGGUAAUCCAAAAGCUUGUGUUCCCCUUCAGCCGGAUGAGCUACCGCCCGUCCAACGAGGUCCAGUUCUUCUCCAAGCUGGAAGUGGUGCUGGAGCUAAAGGCCCUGAGCUCCCCGCUAGCCACAGUCAACAUCCUCAUGUCCCUGUUCCAGCUGGGUCACUUCCCUGGCCUGGUGCUGCACAAGGUCUUYUCCACCGCCUUCAUCAGCAACGUCACCAACAGUCCUUACGCUCUGAUCGUGCGUCGCUACCUGUCUCUGUUGGACGCGGCGGUGGAGCUGGAGUACAGGGACUACACCGGUCCACGGCUCCAGGACACGCACAAGGUGCUCAUGUUUGACCACGCGCUGACYGCUGAYGAGGUCAACCGCAAAUACAGCUACAAGGGUCUUGUUGCUGAAGCCCUCAGACAGUUGGUUGGAGAGCAUGGCUACAAACAAGACGAGGUUCUGGCCCCUGGUUAUUACACAGACUUCCUGCUGUGGAUUAACGGUUCUGGCCAGGUUCUCCCUAUCCAGGCAGGGGCCUCCCAAGGUGUUACCCACAAAGCCCCAGAGGGAUCCGUGGCCGUGACAGCCCUCACCUCAGACUUUCAAAAGUUCUCCCCCUUCGCCCCACUAGAGGAAGGGGGGGACCAGCGACCCGUCGGAGGGGACGAGUCGGUAACCCUCCUGCCACAACACAUGCAGCGUGGGGCAAACCCUGCCUCGGUCCAGAGGGCAGCCCCUAACGGCGGGGGCCCACUUGACUACAACACUUACUACACGCCUGCUGACUACUACUCCAGCCUGGCCAAGGAGCACUCGCUGGAGAGCCAGGACAGCUCCACGCUCAGCAGCCCUCCCUCUGACAGCCUGGCCCAGCCAAUGACCUCUGGGGUAGGAGGAUCCACCACAGCUGCUCCUGUUUCUCUUUUCCAGUUCUCUAUUGGGAAGAUCCUGGAGGACGAGGGAGGGGUGCCAGGGCCCGACUGCGAGCUCCCUGUCUUCUAUGAGGGGUUGGCCGGGGACGUGGGGCCCACCUCGUCACUUCAGCUGCACCCGGCCGAUCGAACCGACACAGAGAGGGCAGUGGGGGACCAGCGGCAAGUUAAGAGAGUGGUCAUGUCGGUGAAUGACAAGUGGCACUACUGUCACAACUCUGAGGUGCUGGUGGGCUCCCGAGCCAUGAGGGACCGUCAUCUGUUGCUCCUGGGAUACGUCAUUCUGCAGCUGCCCUAUCACGAGCUGGAGAAGCUGAAUGGCAUAGAAGAGGUGAAGCAGUACCUCCACAAAAAGCUCCUGGAGGUCCCCUUAUGACAACAAAAGACUUGAGUGUGUGUGUGUGCGUACGUAAGCCAUUGCGACUGCUUGGGAUAUGACAGGGGGUUGUUGGUGGGAUUGGGRAAAGGGGGUGGUUUGGGGUAGAGAACAAACCCUGGUCAAAGUCUAAAGCUAGAGUUUUUUUUUUUGUGUGUGCAAUUUUGCUCUUGCAUUCAUCAAAAUGGCGCCAGGCUAUUUGCAACGAGCCAUAUACCCAGUUGAUGACAUGUCUAGUAUCAUGUUGCCACACUUGGUCAAGAACGGUUGUGAAGUGACAAUAACGAGAUACCAUCUUGCCUACGUACUGUUCCUAGUGUAUUACAGUAGCAUGACAAAACAGUUUUAUUUUUUUCUAUAGUUGUAGUUUUAAUCAUGGUUUUGUGUGGGGGAAUAAGAUGUUAUAAUUAUUAUAGUCAUACAGAGAUGACAAUGUUCUGGUGGUGUUUGAGGGGGGGGGUGUAAUUUUCUAUUUAACUCCAGUUGUAACGCAUGACUGUUCAUACAGGACAAACAAACGGGGCUUCUUCAUUGUGUUUUCUAAUACUGGUGCACCGUAUGUAGGAUGUUUAAUGAGGGAUGAAAAUGUAUAAAUCUAGUUAAUGUGUUUUAUAUAUUUUUUGUGAAUGCUGGAAUGGCUUUUUCGGUGUCCAGAACAAAGCAGYGCGAAGUCCGACAUCAACUUUGUCUCUUUGUUUUGUCUUUGCCACUUCACUUGUGACAUUUUUAAUGAAUGACUGUAUUCAGAGAGGAAUGUGUGAUUUCCUCCUGUGAGUUCCCACCAACUGCAUUGACAAUGAAACAAAAGUUUUCCAGGAGGGAAUUGCUAGAUACCUGGGACCUCAUUUAUCUCGCUCAAUUCUGGCGUACGUGGAGAUCAAUUGUUGCGCAAUGGCAAGUUGCAAGAGAUGAACACAUUCGGUCUACAUCUCUACAGUAGUGACUUUUACAAACUUAAAAAUGCCGUGGCCGUGCAUUAUGCAACAUUGUCUAUGAGCAAUUUUAAAAGUAAAUGUUUCAGCCCACAUUUUUAUGUAGAAGAUGAAUUGUUCGAUAUUUUCUUUUAUCAAUACAUAGAGCCACCAAGGCAGAAGAUAUAAAACACUGAGAUUUAAUAGGCUAUGAUGUCGUGCUCCUACAGCACAGCAUUACUGUAGACUACCCAUACUGCUUUGCUAUUGAAUGAGCGAUGGAUAAAUGGUAUCCUAAUUAGUUGUGCAGCAGGAAUGAACCAGUCAGAAAAGGAGAGAUGUCCUGCAAUAUAUGAUUUAGGCCUGUAAAAUAAA